AUGGGAGGCUUCAUGCAGCCCCAGGGCCACCUUCAGGUGCUCGCUGGGAUGGUCGACUACGGUUUAGACCCGCAGGCGGCCUUGGAUCAGCCGCGCUUUUGCUUGCAAGGCGUAGACAGCGCCCGCGGGCCGGAGACGGCCGAGUCUUCGAUCCUUCUGUUGGAGGAGGGUGUGCCAAAGGAGACGCAGGAGGAACUGCAGCGCAUGGGGCAUCCCUGCCAGUCGGUGGCCGGUUGGGACCGUCACGUCUUCGGCCGCGGUCAGGUCAUUUGCCGCGACCCGACUACCGGCGUUUUGGCUGGCGGCACGGAGCCCCGUGCCGAUGGCGCUGUCCUGGCCUGGUAG